AACACAGCUUCAAACAUGUCGGCUAGUCAACUUUUGGAUUCAUGUAUCUUGGUUAACCGAAGGGUGGAACACAGACAAGAAAGAAGUGUAACACACACAGAGGUAACUCAAAGGAGAGUUUUGCAAGAACAGGUUCCAGACAUGCAGCAUUAUAAAGGUCCAGACGUUUCAACUCUCAACGACUCAGCGUACCAUACGCACAGUAAUGGUCACUCGGAACAUUCGCCCAACUCCAGUCAUAUGUCUGUACACAGCGACGAACCCUUAGUGCGCACCCAAAAACAGCAAACCACACAGCAGGUGACGACCGUCACCAAAGUCGUUAGGGAGGUCCAGCAAAUUGGGGAACAAUCUGGAGAAUACAUUCCUGUACCGUUAGGUUCAUAUCCUCACAGUUCGCAUUAUGGAGACUAUAUAGAACAACCACCUCAUCAUAUGUAUUCUCAGUACCAUCAGCAUCCGCAUUACCAGGAGUUUGACCAUUACCCAACAUCUUAUGGAGCCUAUAUGUACCCGACAGGGGCCGAACGGCCUGCCACUCCUCCUAGUCCUAGUGAACACAGCGCUGACCCUUCACCGUUGCCCAUGAAUGCUCAGCCUAAUACCGGUUACCUUGGUUCUGGGUACGAUGAACUUCCUGAACAUUAUAGGGUAACGCCAUCACCGGGAGGUCCAAUAGGAAUAGAUCCUUACCAGGAUGACCCAGCGGUCGUUUAUGGUUACGUUUCACCCUCUCCUUAUGGGACAGCACCCCUAUCACGUCCAUAUGUAGAUAGUUUAAAUGGCCCCGUUUCUGUGGCGCCGUCGUUGCGUAUGUUUGAAGAGGAAGACCUUCAGAAACAUAUUAGUAAAAUGUCGUUACAUGGCCAUAAUGUUGGCUUGCCUCAUGACAGGGUUCAUAUUUCUUCACCGGGCAGCGUAGUUGGGGACGAAGAUGGUCGAGGUAUGCGUUGGAGAGACCCCAACCUACCUGAAGUGAUAGGAUUUUUAAAUAAUCCAAAUAACGUGAUUAAAGCUAAUGCGGCAGCUUAUUUGCAACACUUAUGUUACAUGCAUGAUCCAAAUAAACAGAAAACCAGAGCAUUGGGUGGCAUACCUCCAUUAGUGAAACUUUUGAGUCAUGAAAAUGCCGAGGUUUAUAGGAACGCGUGUGGUGCUUUGAGGAACUUGUCAUUUGGACGGCAAAAUGAUGAAAAUAAACGCGCUAUUAAAAUUGCUGGUGGAAUUCCAGAUUUAAUAAAUCUCUUAAGGCGAUCUAGCGAGGCGGAAAUAAAAGAAUUGGUGACCGGCGUGAUUUGGAAUUUAUCUUCUUGUGAAGAUUUAAAAAGGAGCAUUAUAGAUGAUGGCGUAUUGACCAUUGUUACCUUUAUUAUUAUUCCGCAUUCUGGGUGGGACCACCAAGGCAACCACGGAGAAACCUGUUGGUCUACAGUAUUUAGAAAUGCUUCGGGCGUCCUGAGAAAUGUCAGUUCUGCCGGUGAAUACGCUAGAAAAAAAUUAAGAGAGUGUGAGGGCUUGGUAGACUCGUUAUUGUUUGUUGUGCGCUGUGCCAUAGAAAAAUCCAACAUAGGUAAUAAAAUUGUUGAAAACUGCGUUUGUAUUUUGCGGAAUCUGUCAUACAGAUGUCAGGAAGUGGAGGAUCCUAAUUACGAUAAAAAUCCUUUACCCACGCAAAGCAGAGUAGCGGCUAGUAAUUCAAAAGGGGAAAACUUGGGCUGUUUUGGCGGCAGCAAAAAGAAAAAAGAUGGCAACUCGUCAGAAAGUAAAGAUAACAAUUUCACUUCGUCGAAUUCGACGGGUACCACAAGUGCAGCUUCUAGAGGCGAACCCGUUCGAGGAAUGGAACUUCUUUGGCAGCCUGACGUCGUUCAAUCCUAUCUCGCUCUUCUGCAGAGCUGUUCAAAUCCAGAAACGCUGGAAGCAGCUGCAGGAGCUCUUCAAAAUUUGGCAGCUUGUUACUGGCAGCCUAGUAUAGAAAUUCGAGCGGCAGUUCGAAAAGAAAAAGGCCUACCUAUUUUGGUGGAGUUAUUGAGAAUGGAGGUAGAUAGGGUAGUAUGCGCGGUGGCUACGGCUCUGAGAAAUUUAGCCAUCGAUCAGCGCAAUAAGGAACUCAUCGGAAAGUACGCGAUGCGGGAUCUCGUCCAAAAAUUGCCUUCAGGGACUCCACAGCAUGAUCAGGGAACUUCUGAUGAUACUAUUGCAGCUGUUUUAGCUACUUUAAACGAGGUGAUAAAGAAAAAUGCCGAAUUUUCAAGGUCUCUGUUAGAGGCUACCGGCGUAGAAAGACUGAUGACCAUAACAAGGCAACGACAAAAAUAUACCCCUAGGGUACUGAAAUUUGCAGGGCAAGUUUUGUUUACUAUGUGGCAGCACCAAGAACUUCGCGAUGUUUACAAAAAACAUGGAUGGAAAGAACAAGAUUUUGUGACAAAAACCGUGGCAGCUCGAAAUGCAGGUCCCAAUUCGCCAAACAACGCCAAUAGUACGCUCAAUAGACCAAUAUCUUCACAGAGUGGUACGCGCUAUGAAGACAGAACAAUGAAGCGGUCAGCACCGGGUGCUAGAGGUCCUGUUUUUAGAGAUGACAUACCAAUGGCAGACAUGGCGUAUCCAGAGAACGCACCCAUAAUGGGUCGGUCUUAUCCUUCUGGUUCUAACCCACCUCCUCCGGAACCACUUUAUGCGCAGGUAAAUAUGGAGAAAAAGCGCAACAGACAGCCCAGUCUAGGCAACGCCAGUUUAAACCACUUGAGCGAUGGGGAUCAAGCGCAAUCCGGCCAGGGUCAAGCCCCUUCACUUAGCGUGCCUCCUGGAAAGGACUCUUGGGUCUAAAACAAUUCUUACAAAGUCAGAUCUAAAAAUGUUCUUUGUUUUAUCUCAUUAAAUAAGGAUGUGUUGUUAUGGACCUUUUUUGUCGCGUUUAAGUGGCAAACUAGGGCACGACGAUUAUUCGAAUAGUGGUGCAAUUUUAGUUAGAUAAAUAUUUUUCCGGAUUUUUAUAUAUAUAUAUAUUUUUAGGAUAUUUUUUAUUUUGUAAAAUAUUAUAAUGAAUGUUUUAAACAUGGAGAAUGGACAUAAUUAUUUUAUUUUUAGGCUUGACGACCAUUUGAUGGUUCAAUGAGAAGUUGUUUUGCCAUAUGUUAUUUUUGUUACUUUGUGAGAGAAUAUUUUUAGAUCGGACUUAAACAUUGUUAUAUAUCAAUGUUUUUUUUUCGAUCGUAUGUUGAGAUAUAUAAUGCACUGAUUCAUAUUAAAUAUAUAUAUUUAGUUUAUGGUUUACUGUGAUUAAGCUUCAAAAAGAAUAAAAAGCCUGUAUAUAUUAUUUUGGAUUAAAGUUCGUUUUUACGAUAUUUUUUUUAUUAUACAAUUUAUUUGGAUGGAAUGAUUUAUUAUAUACUUAAAUUAUAAUCGUAUAAACACAUAGGUAUAGUAAAAAACUGUUCUUUUUUUCCUUUAAAUUAUAUUUUAUUUUUAUUUAAUGACUUUUUAUUAUUAACAUUUAAUCAAAAUGUCUAUUUGAACUAUUCAACAUUACCAUAGUCAAUUUUAAUAUUGUUUAUAAUGAAAUAAACCUAUUAUAACUUGAACAUACUUUUAUUGAAGUAGAAUUUUUUUCUAACGUUAUAAAACUAGUUAAAUAAAUAAAUAUAAAAUGUAUUAAACCAUUUCAAUUGAGCAAAACGCAAAGUGGCGAAAAAUAAGGACAAUUAUUCUUGUACAUAAAUAUAUCUUUAAGAGGUUGUAUAAGUAAAGUUACCAAAAAUAUUCCUACAUUAGAAUAGCUUCAACUUAAUACACUAAAACUUAUUUUAAAGCGUAAAUUAAGACUUAUUUGGUAACAAUGUUUAAAAUUACUCAGCCGAAUAACAGUACAUUUCUUUUAAAAUAUCUGUUAUCUCGAUAAACCUAACGAUUUUUCCUAAUAAUGAUGUCUUAAAUAAUAUGGAUUAAUAGAUUAAUUUAAUGAAUCGGAAAAAAAAUAACUCAAAACGUAGAUUUCAUAAAUUUUUCUAAUAUGUAUAACUAAACCUGUAAAAACUCAACUAUAUAGCAAUGAAAACGAUGGUACAGCAAGCGAAAAAAAACUUUUUGGUUUGAGGUUUACUAUGUCUAUAGCUGUUUUUGACAAUAAGUGAUAAUGUUGCUACUUUUAAAACUUUUUAACGUUCUGCGCAAACGUAGUUAUAUUUUUCUUUUCAUAGUUAUGCAGUGGUUUUAACAUUUAAAAAGAACUUGAGGGAAAGACAUAGUAGAGCUCAAAUGAAAUUUAUAUUUCCACUCCUACUAUGAUGUCGUUUUCAUUCGAUAUAACAGUAUAAAAGGGAAAUUAAGUAAGAAGAAAUAUUUACAUUUAAGGGAGGAC